ACUGCCACACUUUCCCACGCACGCGAGAGCCUCCUUAAAGCGCGCGGAGGGGGGAGCGGGCGCGCGCGUCGACUCACGGAGCACGAGGCGGGCGGACCGCGGGGUGAGGAUCAUGUGUAGUCCACGCGCCGAAACUAGGUUACAGUGAACUGCAGAGCAGAAGAGAGCGGGGGAAUCGAGGAGCUGCUGUCUUCAACAGCGCAUCUGAGACUGCGCGGAGCUGACAGAAAGCAAACAACAGAAACACGCUGUCGCUUUUUAAGUUAUUUUUAAGGUCGACGCGUAUGAAGAAAGGGUAGAAAAUCCAUAUGAGGAUUUGCUGUUGUGACAGUUUUCAGCUGCUCCGUUUUGGAGCGAAUAAGUGCGCGUUGCUCCCACUGUUUCUUGACUUCAUUUCCAGCAGGAGUUGUAUGACUUGAAGAGUUGGCUAGACUUCACCGCCGACAUGAGAGCUCAAAUAGAGGUGAUUCCCUGUAAAAUCUGUGGGGACAAAUCAUCAGGGAUCCACUAUGGUGUCAUCACCUGUGAAGGCUGCAAGGGUUUCUUCCGACGCAGCCAGCAGAACAACGCUAUGUACUCCUGCUCACGACAGAGGAACUGUCUAAUUGACCGGACCAACCGUAACCGCUGUCAGCACUGCAGGUUGCAGAAGUGUCUCGCUCUGGGCAUGAGCCGUGAUGCUGUGAAGUUUGGUCGCAUGUCCAAAAAGCAGCGUGACAGCCUGUAUGCAGAGGUCCAAAAGCACCAGCAGUCCCAGGAGUGCGCAGGCGUCGGUGCCCGUGAGGAGAACGGUGAUAUGGCUGACCUUUGUCGCCCCUACAGAAGAGGCUCCAGCACUGCGCUCAGCGAUCUGGAUGACAUCACCACGCUGCCGGAAGGCCUGCUUUUUGACCUGCCACUGACACCCGAGGACACAGGCGGAGAGUUCUGUAACCUGGACAUGCUGGGUGGCAGCGGGGGCAGCAGCUCAUCCUCUCAGAGUUCACCAGAACAGACCAACCUAGACUUUGUAGACGGCAACCACAGCGUCAAGCACGAGUACCAGCUGUUGCACGACUCUGGACUCUUCUCACAUGCUAUCCUCAAUCCGCUGCCCGGGGGCUGCUCCCUGCUUGAGAUAGAGCGUAUAACUCAGAGUGUGGUCAAGUCCCAUAUUGAGACGAGCCAGUACAGCACAGAGGAACUGAAGAGAAUGGCGUGGACCUUGUACAGCCCAGAGGAGACACGCUCAUACCAGACCAAGUCAGCUGAGGUGAUGUGGCAACAAUGUGCCAUUCACAUCACCAGUGCGAUCCAGUAUGUGGUGGAGUUUGCCAAGCGCAUCUCUGGCUUCAUGGACCUGUGUCAGAACGAUCAGAUUAUCCUCCUCAAAGCAGGCUGCAUGGAUGUUCUUCUGAUCCGUAUGUGUCGAGCCUACAACCCCAUCAAUAAUACAUUGCUCUUUGAUGGAAAGUUUGCCACUGCUCAGCUCUUCAAAGCCCUUGGCUGUGAUGACCUUGUGAACGCAGUGUUUGACUUAGCUAAAAGCCUGAGCCGUAUACAGAUGUCGGAUGAAGAGAUGGCUCUUUUCAGUGCUGCUGUGCUGCUCUCACCAGACCGACCUUGGCUCACAGAUGUCCAGAAAAUACAGAAGUUGCAAGACAAAGUCUAUGUGGCUCUGCAGCGCUGUCUACAAAAAGAGGGAGUGUCAGAAGAGAAGCUAGCUAAGAUGGUGUCUAAGCUUCCCAUAAUGAAGUCCAUUUGCAAUCUUCACAUUGACAAACUGGAGUUUUUCCGUCUGGUUCACCCUGAGACAGCAUAUACAUUUCCUCCUCUGUACAGGGAGGUUUUUGGCAGUGAAGUCACCUUCCCAGACUCCACAGAGGGCUAGCACCGUUCUGCUAAAUAGCAUGAUUCAAACAGAAACACUGAGGUUUAGGGAGGGGGAGAUUUUAAAAAAAUGUGGCAACCAGCUGAGGCAAAAUCAACCAGCAGCUCAAUGACAAUCCUGCACGCUACACUUUAGGACACACUCCUCUCACCUCUGAAACUCCCAACCCUGUGGAGUAGCUUACACUGCCCUGCAAGCUAGUCCUUUCAGCUUCAACGAAACACUGCAGGAACUGCUGCUGGGUGCUUAGUGCACGUUACCUCUGUUUUUUUAGGGAGUUAAAGAAAUUAUUAAAUAGUAGCCUACAUAAUUUGUAUUCUCAAAAAUAUUUUUCUAAGAGGAGACCUUAAACCUCUCAUCAAGUUGAAUUCCUUUCUAAUAUAAAUUUGACUUUUACCGUUCUCUCAGUUCCUGUAAGCUAUUGUUGAAUGUACCCCCAUUCCCCUUUACCGUUCAGCACAGCCCUAGGCUUGAUAUAGAAUGUACAUACUUAAAAUCCUCACCCACGUUGUGGAGGUUUGCCGUAUUGAUGCCUGUCUCAGUAACAGUUCAUUGUUUCAGUCAGUUUUGUUUUGGUUGCGCCCAUAGUUUGCAGUUUUGUGACAUAUGAACAAACUGUUUAAAGGGACCACGAUCAAACUCACAAGCAGACAGGGUUCUUCAGACUGUGUGAAUCAUGGGCAAACAUUCAGAGUGUCUGCUGCCAUGCGCCUACAAACGCUUGCACACAGCACAAAACAUAGCACUUAUGCUGAUCUUUGUAGGUAUUUCUACGAGCACACCCUCAGACACUGAUGUGAGCUCUUUAUUUUUUUUUUAAUGCAAUCAAUGACCUCAGUCCUAAUACCUUUUCCCUUUGCAAAUGCCACUUAGAGAGUGAGAGUGAGAGAAUCGCAGAGGUAUUGUGAAAGUAUUUUCAGAUGUUCCUUUUUCUAUAUAUAUUAACACCUAUAUAAUCACGUAAGAUAAGAGCAGGUGUGAAUUUGUACAGAGUGAGGAGGAGGAAGAGGGUAAUGUUGUGCUUGUGCUCAGGUCUUCUCAAACAGAUACUGCCUGCCCAUACUUUGGGGUUCUGGGAUGGAAAGAUUGUUGUCACUGAAAAGAAAAUCUAGUGGGUAAUUAGCACUUAAGAGUCCUCAUCAGAAUCCAAAAUGAAUUCUCUGCAUGAGAUUUUUACAGGUUCACACUCAGACUGCCAUCUGUGAAACUUACUUCUGACUUACUAGUCAGAAAUGUUAGAUGCAUCCUCCCACUCAUAGACAAGCUGUAUGUGAACAAGGUGCGGGGCAGCUGACCAUUGUGGGGGGUUAUGUGCUCUGAUGGAGGAGCACCUGGACCUGUCACACCCCAGCUCGUCUCCACGGAGGAGAGUCAUCGCACCGAACCUCCAGCACCGUCUCAACCAGCGGGGUCAAAAAACUUUGGGAGUAGUGACAAAAAGAGAGUGGACAGGUGGGUGAUGGUGUUAUAUAAGCUCUUUGGACAUCAGUUAGAGGGGAUUUACUGUCUGUCUCAACUCUCACUGCUUUGGGGUCGGGCAGAUUGUGCUGUUGCAGGCAGCCAAGAUGCUCUGAUUAGAGAAUUAAAUCCUCUAUUCCUUGUUCCCCACUCCCUUACUACCUCACCCUCUUCAAACACUACAUGGCACAGGAAAGGGUUGACAGAGCCAUCAGCUACCCCCCUGAGUUAGUAUUUCUGCAUUCAUGCUAUAGAGCUUCUGGUGAAAUUUGAAGGCCAGUGAUGACCAAACUAUCCUAAAAAUAUAACAUUUUGCUCUUAAAACUGGACAAAGGACAAAAGCAAACUGAGAUGCUGGAACUACUUAUACUGACGACAUCCUCUCUGACUGUUUUUCUGACAUUUGAGAACAGUUCAAGCCUUUAGGUCCAGGAAGCCCUACAUAGAUACAGAUCUUGUUGAAGUAAAGUCUCUGGAGAUGUAUGGAGGAUGUGUACAGAUGAAACCUUUAUCUUCAAAGUAGGGGGACUGUUCUGUAAAACGACAUUGUCCUCCAAGUAUACCGAAGAAGCUGCGAGAAAAGAAUAGUUUUAAUCUUGGAAAACACUACUGUUAAUCCGGUCUGAAGCAUUUAAAGACAAUCACAUGACCGAUGAUGGAUGUCUAGCUUUAUUUAAUAUUUCUGCCAGAUUUGCUUUGCGCUGCUGGGACAGUGCUUUUUGCCAUACAUCAAGUUAUCUCACAUAGUAUGAAGGGUUAUUACCCUUUUUUUCUCUGGGUACGUAAGACAGUGGCAUGGUGGGAUUGUGCAAUAAUGUCUUUCCCAUUGUUCUCAGUGUGUUGGGCCUUUUGUUGCCAUGUAUUACAGUUAAUGUUCUCAUAAAGCACUCCAGCACAGUCGACCUCGCAGCACAGCGAAAUAAUGUUAUUUAGAUUAUAAUGUACCAAAUACACAGCCAAUGACUACUCAGGUCAGCUAUCUAGCUGACACGGCCAGACGACAUUUACAGAAUGUAACAAAGUGCAAUACUUUGUGUGUUGAGUCAGAGAAUGUUAGACGUGCUGAUUUCAAGAGAUUCAGUGUACUUUAUAGUUUUUGUGGAUCUAAAAUCUGUCCAGGGGGCAGAGCUGAAGACCUGCACUUACAUUUCUGUUUAGAGUUACUCAGGGAGAUAGCUGGGCUCUCUGUCCUACAGUGUCUGCAGUUAGUCUAGCUAGCAAGACACCUUGCACCAACAUAGAAGACCUUAAAACCUUGAUCACUGUGUACAGUACAUGUUCUUGUGAAUGUCUGAUUACAGAAGUAUCAAAGAUUUUACCCCUGUCUAAUAUCAUUAUUGCAAGACUUUUUUGAGUUUGACUCAUAGAUGAAAUAGGAUAUUAAAAAAGUAAAUAUAGUAAAAUAAAUAUAAAUGAUGGAUUAUAAUCUCUGAAUCUUGUGUUGGUUUUGUUGUGAUCUUUUUGUUUCUUAAUUUUUAUCCUCAUAUGUACUGUUUGUUUUGUUGUUUUUUUUUUCUCAUCAGUUUAGUGUCCUUUUUGUCUCGGAGAGAUGUAAUUUUAUUUUUUUUAAAGAGCGUUUUUAAAGAUGUCUCCCUAAAAGUUUCUCUUUUGUCAUGAUCCUUCUGUUUAUGAUAUUUUCACUCUAUUUUAAGAUUAUUAUUAUUAUUAUUAAAUCAGUAUAGAUUUUAAUAAGAAAUAAUUUAUGAUAUGUCAUGGAUAUAAAGCCCAAGAGGUUUUAACACAGUCAAGUGUUAUUGCACAAUGGUGAUACAAUUUGUGGAUUUAAGAAUGUAAUAAAAGUCUUUUUACAAUUAAAA